UAUGAUGAAUAGCAUAGCCUGUGCCAGCAAAGUUUUGAACCACUGCAAACUCUUUACUGGAUUAACCAUGACUAUUCUGCCAUGAUGCAUGCCUAAGACAUAUGGUUUAAUUCUAGCUGAUAUCAGGGGUAAGAAAUUCACAUGUACGUUGAAAAUGUUGGAUUGUGUUAGCCAAGUCGCUAGCCAUAUUGUUGAUGUCAGUCAGCCAGACCCUUUUGGAGAGAAAUGUACUCGUUAAAGUAACAUGUAACGAUGUGUAAACGUGAGCUUCCGUCCAGCAGCAGACAUCUGACCACAUGAGUACGAUAUUCGUUUAGAAAUACCACUUGUUUUCGGCCCUAGUCGCAGGUUCCAGAGCAGCGAAUAGCCAACACAAUGACUAAAGUAGAGCGCCUUAACGCCCGAGUGGCGAAACUGUUGACGGUGGCGGUGCAUGAGGUCCUGGAGGUGGUGCGGGAAACCGUGUCGGAGUACCAGGAGAAAACCGCUCGCACUCAGCGGGAGAACGAGCGGCUCCGGAGAAAGCUACAAGAACUCCAGGACAAGCAGAGGAGAGAGUGCGCGGGGACUGUGCCAUCUGUCAGUGGAGGUUCUUUGGAGAGGACUCCAGCUUUCCAGGAGACUUUGACUCUCAAGCAAGAACAAGGUGUUGAAACACUGCAGGACUCUGAACCAACUCCAGCUGACAUAGAGCAGAUCAUCAUAAAGUGUGAUUCGCCAAGAGAAGGCACUGACGUCUCCUGCAAAGACGUGCCUGUCGUCCAGAAUGAGGGCUUUGCAGAGGACCGGGAUGAGGAUUCCGUUCAUUUUGUGGCCAGUUACACGAACGCUGCUGCCAUGGAAAUUCCCAGCACACGGAAAUCCCAGAGACAGACUCUGAGAUGCAAGGUGGAGACAGACUCUGAACAACCUCCUGAGGCAGGAACCGCCACAGAGAGUACGUUGUUUGUAGAUAAAUGUCCAGAUGGAAGCCCCAACAUCCUGAACUCCGGGCAGAUCGGGAUACCGCAGUCACAAGCCAAACAUCUCAUCAAUGCCGUAGGUACAGACUCCUCGGUCAACGCUACUGCGGAGACCUCACCUGCUCACGCUCCGCCACACACUUCCUGCUCGGGAACAUCAGGCUACCCCUACCUCACUGUUACUCAGAUCAAAACCGAGGAAGACACAGAUGACUGCGGCGUCGGUGGUGGUGGCGGCGGCGUCUGUGGCGUCAGCGCCCCCCAGAGGGAUGACUAUGUAACUGCAGACUUUGACGGCUUCAGGGAUGAGCCGGAUCAUUCCCACGAACGGCAGGUGGCGGCGGCAGCAGCAGCAGCAGCCUCCAGCUCCUGUAGGGUGUCUUACGUGCCCCACUGCACGACCGCUCUUCAGCAGGACAGCCUUUUUCUGGAGAACGGCUACGAGGCUAUGAGUCCAGACGCCAACUCAGGCGGCGUAGGGGGGCCUCUGAGCCGUCGAGGGCUCGGGGUGGGCGGAGGCAGGGGCGGUGGAGGGGGGCGUCUCCCGCGCCCCUACACACGGCAUCACCCCAACCACACGGGGGCGCCGAAGCGCUACAGCUGCCCGGUGUGCGGACGCAGCUUCAACCACGCGGGCGACUUCAAGAAGCACAAGCGCGUGCACACCGGCGAGAAGCCGUACGCUUGCGGCGUGUGCGGGAAGAGGUUCAGCCAGUCGGGCUACCUGACGGUACACCUGCGCUACCACACGGGCGAGCGGCCGUACAGCUGCAACCUGUGCGGCCGCAGCUUCAGCCACUCCAGCAACUUCAGGAAGCACCAGCAGACACACGUGGGACAGGUGCUGCUGAACACGUAGCACAUCGCCUGCUGACACACGUGGGACAGGUGCUGCUGAACACGUAGCACAUCGCCUGCUGACACACGUGGGACAGGUGCUGUUGAACACGUAGCACAUCGCCUGGUGACACACGUGGGACAGGUGCUGUUGAACACGUAGCACAUCGCCUGCUGACACACGUGGGACAGGUGCUGUUGAACACGUAGCACAUUGCCUGCUGACACACGUGGGACAGGUGCUGCUGAACACGUAGCACAUCGCCUGCUGACACACGUGGGACAGGUGCUGUUGAACACGUAGCACAUUGCCUGCUGACACACGUGGGACAGGUGAUGUUGAACACGUAGCACAUCGCCUGCUGCUCUCCAGUUCCAGUAUGGCCCUCUGAAGUUUCGCCUACAAAAACGCCACCAUCUUUGCCCAAAUAAGGAGAUCCGGUAUCUUGAGAUUUUUUUUUUAUGGGAAAAUAACAUGGGGAUUUAGAAUGUUCACACCUGUUAAACUCUCACGGGGACGCAGAAAUUGGAAAUGCAGUAGACCUCUGAAGUUCGCCUACAAAUAGGAUCCAAAGCGGCCAUCUUUGCCCAUAUAAGGAGUUCCGGGUGUUAAUUGGAGCUAACUGCCAAUGGCGGGUUGUAUUGUAAGUUAGCCCUGGGGUAGCAAAGAUCGAAGUGUGCCGUCUUCACCUACCAAAAAUCACAGUAUCCACUUGUAGGCAGGGGACAAAACUUUGUAGCGCAAAACGUCUGCAUUUCCAAUUUCUUCGUCCCUGUAAGGUGCGAAAAUUCAAAAUCCCCAUGUUAUUUUCCCAUAGAAAAAAUCUCAAGAUACCGGAUCUCCUUAUUUAGGCAAAGAUGGUGGCUUUUUUGUAGGUGAACUUCAGAGGUCUUUGCCCUGAAGCUCAGUGCGGAGGAUCAGCUGGAGCCUAUUAACUGAAGAACGUUGUGGCGCAAUUCUUACCUGAAAAUGUUCUGUGGCCUACGUACGUUUUUAGUCACAACUUUGAUCAAUUUACAAGACUAAUAAAGCAUUUCCUAUUUUUUUUUUUUUUUUUUUUUCAUGUUUCAGUUCCAUGUACACGUGGGUCUACAAUAAUGUAAUGCAAAUUCAUAAAGCAUCUCCACAAGUUACAACAAGAUAUUUAUGCCCAGAUUUGCCCCUGGCUGUUCCCGAUCAAAAAUAGGUUUGAUGAUUGCAAAAUAACACAUAAUGUAUUAUUAUUUUUUACUGUUAUUAUUUCUGAUUAAUUGGUUUAAAUAUGAAUAUUUAAUCAUAAAUGUAAUUUCAGCUUAAUUGCAACUUUUUUUUAUGUAUUUAUUGCAAAUGGCCACUCCAGGCUAACCUGUAGUUUCUCAAUGGACCACCAGAGGGCUGUGACACCAGUUCAGAUUGUUUGGCUCUCAUCUAGCAGAGGUGGACACCGCAGUGUGUAAACAAUCAACAAUUUACAUAAUUUCAGAAGGAACAUGUGGUAAAUGUGUGGAUACAUGCUGAUAGUUAUAUGUAAUUGAUUUAUUGAUUGAAUAAUGUGUUAAAGGAACACACCAGCUUUUUGGGAGAUGUUCAUGUUUGCUGUAACAUUGCAUUAACAUUGGUUUUGUUGCACUGUGUCAAAAUGUACAGAAAGAGCAGGAAUGUAAUCAAAUAAAAUGCCAGUACUAGAAGAGUGGUGGGUUUGACAUGGUGAAAUAUGGAACAUUUGUUCAUGUACCUGUAAAUACAGUAGGCCUACAUUGUUGUUUUGUUAACAAACCCACAAACUGUAUCAUUCAAGGAACAACUUUAUUUAUUUAUGUCCGUGUUUAAUAAAAAAACUUUUUUUCUAUACAAUUUAAAUUAUAUUUGUAAAUACGUGCAAUGAAGUUUUUU